GUAAUGCCGGAUGGAGGUAAUGCUGCCCGGUUACUCGACGUUCCAAUGUGACGCACGCGACCCAGUUGUCCGUAACUCACGGCGGCUGAGCUUGGUAAGUAUUGCUCCCUUUGCAUUCAUUUCCCCCACCCACAACCCCAUCGCAUGAUGACUUGAGCGCAUUUGGCUAGAGUAUCGCUCGUGGCAGAGUUGGUCAGCCUUUCUGGCCCCAACUAACUGUCGCGGGCUUUCCAUGAUGAAAAAUCUCAGCUACCUUAUCAUUCUUUGUCUGAAGCAUCUUCUCCAAAACACACGAGCCAGCCACUUUUGACUUCUUGGAUGUCUCGCUGACUUGGUGAACAGAUUUUGUGCCUGAGCGGGACGUAGAUUGCUAAUAUAUGUUGCGGCUCAGGAUUAUGGCUUGCGACAAGGAGGAAAAGUACGAUGAGCUGGUCAAGGAAUUUGCCAACCAUACAAAUAUACAAAUUCUCCGCAACGGUCACUUGGUGUCUCGCGCCAGCAACUACAUCAUCUACAGUGUGGAAGCGGCCGCCAUCGGUCGCGUGGUUGCACAAUAUGGUCCUUCAACCCGUCUCGGGGCCAUCGUAGGAGGCCAGACAUCCUGCAAAGACCCCGAGAUCAGAGCGUUCGAGGAGCACCUGCCCAGCGAUGUUGACAUCGUCUCGUGCCACUCGCUACACGGGCCCAACGUCGACCCGCGUGGUCAGCCGCUCGUCCUCAUCAAGCACCGCGCCUCGGACGAGUCCUUUGCCAAGGUCGAAAACGUCCUCCGCUGCCUCGGCUCCAAGCAUGUCUACCUCACCGCCAAAGAGCACGACCGCAUCACGGCCGACACGCAGGCCGUCACGCACGCCGCCUUCCUCAGCAUGGGCAAGGCCUGGCACGCCACCAAGCAGUUCCCCUGGGAGGGCGGACGGUACGUGGGCGGCAUUGAAAACGUGAAGAUCAACCUCAUGCUGCGCAUCUACGCCCAAAAGUGGCACGUCUACGCCGGCCUGGCCAUCCUCAACCCGGAAGCCCACAAGCAGAUCAACCAGUUUGCAAAGUCGACGACCGAGCUGUUCACCCUGAUGCUCGAGGGCCGGCGGGAUGAGCUGCGCGAGCGCGUCUACGCCGCAAAAGAGAAGGUAUUCGGCGCCGAGGGCAACCCUAAGUGGGCCGACAAGCCGCUGCUCCGGGACGGCGUGUUGGACCGCUUCAGCCUGGGCCGUGACACCUCCUCCUCUGAACCGCCCCCGCGGCUGCCCAACAACCACCUCAGCCUACUGGCCAUGGUGGACUGCUGGAGCGCGCUGGGGAUCGUGCCCUACGACCACAUGAUCUGCUCGACGCCGCUGUUUCGGCUGUGGCUCGGCGUCACGGAGCACCUGUUCCGCACACCCGGUCUGCUGGACGAGUGCCUGCGCGUGGGCAUCGAGGACUCGACGUUCCGCCGCGACGACUUGCAGUUCACCAUCGCCGCCUGCGGCUGGGCCGAGUGCGUGGCUCUGCGCCAGUUCGAGACGUGGCGCGAGCGUUUCGCCGUCACGCAGCGCUUCUUUGAGCCCCGCUUCAAGGCCGCCACUGAGAUUGGGCAGGCUAUGAUCAAGGCUGUGUUGGAGAGCUCGGAGGAGUGAGGUUUGAGAUGGGGCGUGGGGGAUGGGGCCUAUUUCCCCGGUCUUUUCUUACUGGCAAGGGUCGUCAUCGAGGCUGACGGGGGUUUCUAAGCUUUGGUGCGAGUGGUUACCAACAGUACCAUCAAUUAAGUACUCUUCGAGCUAGAGAGAUGAGGGGGGAGCCACUGCAGCAACUUUACAGGCGGAUUAGGGCUGGAGGACUCCAAUGAGGGCGAAAGCUGCAGUUGAAAGAGGCGGAUCUACCAAGAAGUCGAGGCACGAGCGGUGGUUUUGCGUUCAACAAACCAGAUGAUCUGUCAUAGCAUCGCGAGAUAUAUACCUCCGGUUCUAAGACUAUUUUAUUGAACUUC